AUGGUGACCGAAUCCGAGGCGCGGGAAAUCUACAAGUCCGCCAUCCACUUUGACGGACUCAAUAUAGCAAACUGGUCCAGGGAAAUAUUCGAAGAAUGGCACAAAGGCGGCAUCACCGGUGUAUCAUGCACAUGCGGAAUAUGGGAAGGGUUCCGGCAAUCAAUUGCAAACGUGGUGCAGUGGAAAAAGUGGUUUGAAGAGCACUCGGACCUGAUCGUCCAGGCGCAUACGGUUGCAGACAUACGCAAGGCGAAGAGCGAGGGCAAAACGGCCGUCCUUUUAUCAUGGCAAAACACGGCAGGCAUCGAGGACCAGAUUGACUAUCUACGCGUAUUCCGCGACCUGGGCGUGCGCAAAAUGCAGCUCACAUACAAUACGCAAAACUACUCCGGGGCCGGGUAUACCGAACUGAACGAUUCUGGGCUGACAGGCUUUGGCCGUGAAGUGGUCGAUGAAAUGGCCAAACUGGGAAUGGUAGUUGACUUGAGCCACGUUGGGCCAAAGACAAGCGAGGACGUUAUCAAUUAUGCCAGCAAGCCGCCGUGUUUUUCGCACGUUUUACCUGGAGGGCUUCUCGACCACCCCCGGAACAAGUCUGACCAUCUCAUCAAACUCAUUGGAUCAAAGGGUGGCUUUGUCGGUCUCUCUCAGUUCGGACCACACAUGGCCAAAGGGAAUGACAGCACCAUUGAUGACUAUGUUGCUGCGUUGGAGUAUGUCAUUAGUCUGAUUGGGGAGGAUCUGGUCGGCAUUGGCUCGGAUUCUAGCCAGGGACAUGGGCGACCCAGCGAAUUUAUGGCCUGGUGUAACAAAGACAAAGGCUAUGCCCGUCGUCUCACUCCUUGGGGAAGCCAAAAAGUCGUAAAGCCUCUAGGGCCUCUGGGAGAGCGACCACGACUGGCCGAAGCCAUGGCACGAGCAGGGUGGUCUGAACAGAGGAUACGUAAAGUUUUGGGUGAAAACUGGCUUAAUUACCUAGAAAAAAUAAUAGGAGAAUAG